AUGUCCCGACACGGACGUAUUCCGCUCGAUUCGUACCAUCGCAACAGCUCGACAUUGAUCAAAUUCAAGCGCAAGGGCUCAGCGCAUUCAGGUGUUACGCUUGGGGAGGCCAUGGCGAACGUUAUGUUGUCGGGAAACAAUUCCUUGACCCACUAUGAUUUGAACGCAGACCACCGAGGCAAGAUUAUCCUGAGAUUGCGGUGGACUGGCUACGGUUCAAUGACAUACGAGCUCCCCGUGGAUGAUUACGACGGUUAUGUAGAACUACAGACCCUUGCGAGACGAAUUGCUCGUGCUUGCGUGCACUAUCUACAGGCGAAUAUGAUACCUAUCCCAUGGGAUCAAGUCAUCCUGUACCACAUGGAAGAAGUCUCUUUCGGGGUCUGGCAGCCUGUGUUGUCCACGAUGUGA